AGUUCAGGGCACUUUGGACUCUACCGCGCUUUCUUUAAUUUAUUUUUUUUUAACUUGUCAAAGUGAUCGACCAAGGCUAUUAUUUUCCCCCCAUUUUUUUUAAAUAUUAGGAUACCUCACAGGACCAACGUUUUAGUAAUAUGGGAAAAGAAAAUAUACGUUUUCUCACUGCUUGGAUCAUUUUGGGAAAAAUCUUGGCUACUUUUUGUUCUGACCCUGAACACACCACCACUAAUGUCUAUGUGAACGACACCACCACCCCUCCCUUCCUGCCCACCACCACUGAAUGGAUCAGGGACUACACUGACAUCGUGUCCAAGUUCUCCCUGCGCACGGCCGACAUUCCAGAUGACGACAUGUGCUACCUGGUGGCCGGCAGGCCCGAAAGCAUCCAAGAGUGUGAAUUCAACCCUGACGCGCAAACCUUUGUCAUCAUCCACGGCUGGACGGUGACGGGCAUGUUUGAGAGCUGGGUGCCCAAGCUGGUGUCGGCUCUCUACGAGCGUGAGCCCAGCGCCAACGUGAUCGUGGUGGACUGGCUGACGCGGGCCAGUCAGCACUACCCCACCUCUGCCGCCUAUACCAAGCUCGUGGGCCGAGACGUGGCCAAGUUUAUCACCUGGAUUCAGAAAGAGCUGCCGCUGCCUUGGGAGAAGAUCCAUCUGCUGGGUUACAGUCUGGGGGCACAUGUGGCCGGAAUUGCCGGAGACCUCACCGGCCACAAGAUCAGCAGAAUCACGGGACUGGAUCCCGCUGGUCCCACCUUCGAGCACGCAGAGGACCAGGACACCCUGUCCAGAGACGACGCCCAGUUUGUGGACGUCCUGCACACCAACACCCGAGGCUCACCGGGCCGCAGCAUUGGCAUCCAGAAGGCGGUGGGACACAUCGACAUUUACCCCAACGGGGGUACCUUCCAGCCGGGCUGCAACAUUCAGAACACCCUGAUGGGCAUCGCACUGGAAGGCAUCAAGGGCCUACAAAACAUGGACCAACUGGUGAAGUGUUCCCACGAGCGCUCCAUCCACCUGUUCAUCGACUCGCUGCUGAACACGGAGCAGCAGAGCGUGGCCUUCCGCUGCAACUCCAAGGAGGCCUUCAACAAGGGCCUGUGCCUCAGCUGCCGCAAGAACCGCUGCAACAAGAUCGGCUACAACAUCAACAGGGUGCGCACCACGCGCAGCGCCAAGAUGUACCUGAAGACUCGGGAGAUGAUGCCGUACAAAGUUUUCCACUACCAAGUCAAGAUGCAUCUGUUCAGCAAGGACAGCCUGAGCUUCACUGAGCAGCCCAUCAAAGUGUCCUUGUACGGCACCCACGGAGAGAAGGAGGACAUCCCUCGAGUCCUGCCCGUCAUGAACGGCAACACCUCCUUGUCCUUCCUCAUCACCACCGAUGUGGACAUGGGCGACCUGAUGAUGGUCAAGCUGCGCUGGGAGAAGGACGCCAUCAUCAGCUGGUCGGACUGGUGGGGCAGUAGCAAAUUCCACGUUCGCAAACUACGUGUCAAGUCCGGGGAGACCCAGUCCAAGAUCAUCUUCCGUGCCAAGGAAGGCGACUUCACUGAGCUGCUGAGAGGUGGAGAAGCUGCCGUGUUUGUCAAGUUCAAAGAAGACAACAUGAGCCGCAAAGAAAAACUGAUGCACAAGAUGAAAACGCAGGGUAGUCUCUUUGAUCAGAACAACGCCUGAUGUCCUUGGAGACACGCCCCAAGCCCUCCCAUCACCAAUCAGCCCGCCCGUCAUGCACUACCAAAGGAGGACUUUAGCGAUGCAUAGCCACACCAACACUGCCUUUCACCUUUGACCUCUGCUGCUGACAACAAACCAACAAAAGUUUGCAAUCUUUGUUUUUGUAAUCCAUAUAGUAAUUAUGGCCUAUAUGACCUUUGGAUUCUUUUGAUCCAGGGUGACAGGCAUCACCUUCUUUUUUGUAGCGUUUUGUCCCUUUUUGAUUAAACAAGUGCCACCCAUAGACACAGACUCAGCCACGACCCGCCACUCACAGGCACAGACCCUGCCACCCAUAGACACAGACCCUGCCACCCAUAGACCCGUAGACCCAUAGACACAGAUCCAGCAGCCACUACCCACCACCCACAGACACCGAUCCAGCCACUACCCACAGACACAGACCCAGCUGCUACCCACCAGACACAGACCCAGCCACUACCUGCCACCCAUAGACACAGACCCAGCCACUCCCCGCCACCCAUAGACUCAGACCCAGCCACUCCCCGCCACCCAUAGACACAGACCUAGCCACUACCGGCCACCCAUGACUCACAGACCCAAUCACUACCUACCACCCAUGGACACAGACCCAAUCAUUACCUACCACCCAUGGACACAGGCCAAACCACUACCCUCCACCCAUACACACAGACCCAAUCCCUACCCGCCAACCAUGGACACAGACCCAGUCCCUACCCGCCAACCAUGGACACAGACCCAAUGCCUACCUACCACCCAUAGACACAAACCCAAUCACUACCUACCACCCAUAGACACAAACCCAAUUACUACCAGCCACCCAUGGACACAGACCCAACCACUACCCUCCACCCAUACACACAGACCCAAUCAGUACCUGCCACCCAUAGACACAGACCCAACCACUACCCGCCAACCAUGGACACAGACCCAAUCCCUACCUACCACCCAUAGACACAAACCCAAUCACUACCUACCACCCGUAGACACAAACCCAAUUACUACCGGACAACCAUGGACACAGACCCAACCACUACCCUCCACCCAUACACACAGACCCAAUCAGUACCUGCCACCUAUAGACACAGAUCCAACCACUACCUUCCAUCCACGGACCCAGACCCAAUCACUACCCUCCACCCAUGGACACAGACCCAAUCACUACCCUCCACCCAUAGACACAGACCCAGCCACUACCUGCCACCCAUAGACACAGACCCAGUCACUACCUGCCACCCAUGGACAUGGACCAAAGAAGAAUUGAGUGUCUGCUGAGAAUCACAUUGUGCUGUAAAUAAGCAUAGUUGGUUUUGAAAGAAAAGUCAGUGUUAUAUAUUUUGGAUUAUGAAUUAUGUUUUUGUCCUGAAGCCUUGACUGCGUUUGUGUCACAGGUCACUUUAAAACGCUUUCUUCUGCGCCCCUGCAGACUUUGAGAAAUGUUACGCUGAUGCAGCCUUGCAGGGACGCACUGAAUCCCUCGUUAGCUUAGCGCAGCCUCGCACGCGUCUUGCAAGAUGGCUGCAAAUAUGACAUCAUAUGCAAAGUGGGAUGCACUGGCCCACACUAGCCAGGAUACAUCUCUAAAAUAUGCCAUAUUGUAUUUAUUGAAUGUACAUUUAUAUAUUUGUAUAUUAAGCUGUAAUAUAUACAUAAUUGAAAGGCGUUUUGUGAUUCUAUGUCAUGCACAAGCUGCAGGAUCCAAUUGGAUGCCAGCUGCUGAGUGCAUUCAUGAGCUGAUUUGCAGUGCACUGUUUAAAGAUGCUUGAAUAAAUUCUUGAAAUGA